GUGGACGGACAGCUCCGGGGAAGAGACACAGCCCGCACCGUGAGAGUUGCAAAGCUGGGAUAGCUGAAGAUGUCGGAGAAUGCUCUGGAAGCAGAAGACAAGCCCCCAGCUCCACCCCUGCGGAUCACAAGCACAUUCAUUGGUGGCAGUGCCAAGGUUCCAAACCAUGGUUCCAAACCCCUGCCCCCCAACCCUGGGGAUAAAAAGAAUAUUUUUCGCUCCAUCUUCCCUGGGACAGGAGGCGCCAAAACAACAUGGAAACCGGAAAUCUCUCUCCCCUCGGAUUUUGAGCACACGAUUCACGUUGGCUUUGAUGCUGUGACAGGAGAAUUUACAGGCAUGCCAAAACAAUGGGCCCUGCUUCUACAGACCUCAAAUAUCACCAAAUCGGAGCAGAAGAAGAACCCGCAGGCUGUGCUGGACGUGCUGGAGUUUUACAACGCGAAAAAAACCUUGAACAGCCAAAAAUACAUGAGCUUCACAGAGAAUUCAUUGGACGCUUACAAUUCAACAGUGAAUUUGAAUGUGAAGUCCGUUUCAGAAACGCCAACCGUACCGCAAGUGUCAGAAGAUGAAUUUGAAGUAGAUGACGACGACAGUGAAGCUGCUCCCCCACCUGUUGUCGCCCCACGCCCAGAACAUACAAAAUCGAUCUAUACGCGCUCUGUUAUCGAUCCGCUGCCCCCUCCGACUGACAACGAUGUGGCAAACACUCCUUCCUCUGAAACUAAGGAAAACAGCGUGGAACCCGUUCAGGCAGCAGCCAAAACCACAGAGAAGUUAAAGAAGAAGCCCAAGAUGUCCGAUGAGGAGAUUCUGGAGAAAUUACGGAGUAUUGUAAGCAUAGGAGAUCCCAAGAAGAAGUACACACGGUUCGAGAAGAUUGGCCAGGGAGCAUCGGGUACAGUUUACAUUGCGGUCGAUGUAGCAACGGGACAAGAGGUGGCAAUUAAGCAGAUGAAUCUACAGCAGCAGCCAAAGAAAGAGCUAAUUAUUAACGAGAUCCUUGUAAUGAGGGAAAACAAGAAUCCAAAUAUUGUAAAUUAUUUAGACAGUUAUCUGGUCGGGGAUGAGCUCUGGGUGGUGAUGGAGUAUCUGGCCGGUGGAUCUCUCACAGAUGUCGUUACGGAGACUUGCAUGGAUGAAGGACAGAUAGCAGCCGUGUGCAGAGAGUGUCUGCAAGCCUUGGAAUUUCUGCACUCGAACCAAGUCAUUCAUCGAGAUAUUAAAAGUGACAACAUCCUACUGGGCAUGGAUGGGUCUGUGAAGCUGACGGAUUUUGGUUUCUGCGCCCAAAUUACUCCUGAGCAAAGCAAACGUAGCACAAUGGUGGGGACUCCAUAUUGGAUGGCACCGGAAGUGGUUACUCGAAAAGCUUAUGGUCCUAAAGUGGACAUCUGGUCUCUGGGAAUCAUGGCCAUCGAAAUGAUCGAGGGAGAGCCUCCUUACUUGAAUGAAAAUCCUCUGAGGGCACUCUAUCUCAUAGCUACAAACGGGACGCCGGAGCUGCAAAAACCAGAGAAAUUAUCAGUCACUUUCAGAGACUUUCUCACCCGCUGCCUUGAAAUGGAUGUAGAAAAGAGAGGCUCAGCCAAAGACCUUCUCCAGCACCCGUUCCUGAAGAUCGCAAAGCCUCUAUCAAGUCUCACUCCUCUUAUAAUUGCAGCAAAGGAAGCUGCGAAAAGCAACCACUAGAUGGAGGUACCAAAUCGUGUGGAAAGGACAUUUUUUUAAAAUAAGUGGCUAUUUGAUUCAGCCUUUUAUUGCCACAUCGUCUGGCCAUCAGACACCUCGAAUAAGAACCAUCGUCGCUGACUGCGUUGGUGUUAACUUUCUAAGGCCAUACAUUUCCUGCACCUGACAUUUCAAGAAUCUCACUGUAGUAAAUAACUACUCUGACGUGGAUGUGACUUUUUACCAUGGACUUUUUAAAGAAUCUAUUCUGCACACUGUAGGCAAGCACAACAGUUUGUCUCUUUUAACUGUGGAUUUUUUUUUAUAAUUUUGGAGCCUUGACUGUGUUGAGCUUAGUAAAUUAAAACUGUUUGUUCCCCUGUCUUUCUGGUACUGUAUUGUCUGACAUGGUUUGCAUUUUCCCAAUCUGCGCUCUGCAGAGAUACUUAAAAUUAUCUGAUGGGCUUUGUUUUUUGAAUUGUAUAUAAAAGUGUACGACUUGA